UAUGAGCAUUACUCCGACAUCUGUACGAGUCUUCUACUUCACGCCAUGGCUUCACUCCGUUACACUCAGUCGUAUGAUGCGACUGCUGAUCCAAGAGCUCUUGCUGAAGAACAACUCCCCGAAGCCCUUCGUCGCACGUCCCUCUUGACGAGGAUACUCUGUUUUUUGGCGCUUGGACGCCCAGAUCUUGAAGAUCAUUGGAAGUCCCUUCAGUCAGAGCAAGCAUUCGAAACCAUCAGAACUAGGUUAUGGUCGAUCCUGGCCAGCACUAUCACCACGGCGGGCGUCCUCCUCGCUAUAAGUGGUGUUUUCGUCACUACCGGCUCUCCUGUGUCAUACUUUGACUAUACAUCACCCGCUCCUCAUUGUCUGCUCUUUGUAUCACUCAUGCUUGCCAUGAUCGCGAUGUUGACAUCCGGCUCGAGCAUGAUACGUUGGGUGCACGCCGAUCGGCACUGGACUCAAGAGCAACUUGAGCUAGGCGGCUACUUCGUGUUGUCCUACCUGUUGUCAAUAGUCACCCCCAUGUUCUUCGUCGCUUGGUCCCUACAUUGUUUCGUAUUUGCGAUGUUGAUUGCAGGGUUUUCCUCUCAAAGUAUGGUCUGCCGCGUCGUCACCGCGGUCUGGCUGGUCACAUACGUCGUCAACAUUGGGACGAUAUUGAUGGAAACUAUGUGGAAGUAUGCGACAAGCCUCAAUCACACUAGAUAUCGUCAGUAGUUUCCAUUUUCCAUUUCCCACUUUCCAUGUUGUUCUUUGUUUCACCCGCGGUUUGUCUAUGUUACAUAUAACCUCCUUGAUGUGGUGCACAGAUGUACUUAAAAUGUAGACGAAUAUAUGUAUGUAAUCUGUGGCUUUCCUUUAUGCCAAUUUUUCAAGAAUGUUUUACACAUCGAA